CAGUGCAUAGAACCGGGGUCUUAUACUGGAGGUCUAUGGGAAGCUGGAGAUGUGGGACACAUGCACACUGAAGGAAGCAAGAACCAUCUGGUCUCCAUAAGAACAUCGUUUUGAGAUCACCCUUGUCAUGGAUCGCUAUCGUUAUUUUAUAUUUAACCAAAGGAGCAUGGUGGUGCUUGGAAUCCUUCAAAUUGCAUGUGCUGGUAUAUCUGUGGUGUGUGGCUUCAUGGAUGGAGCUUUUCGUAAAGAAUCUACAUUGGGCAAGACUAGAGCGCCUCUGUGGGCUGGCAUGAUCAUGGCUGUUCCGGGGGUGCUAGCUCUAUUUUCAUCCCAGAAGAAAAAUCCUAUUCUAGUGAACGCACUUAUUGCCACUGCAGUUUUUUCUUGUUUCACCACCGUGAUCAUGAUCGUCUAUGCAUGCCUGACUCUGUCUUAUGGAGAGGAUGAUGAUGAGGUGUUCUCCCAUACACAUGUUCACGUCAUUCAUACAAUGUUCAUACUUGGUCGUCUUGUUCAAGGAGCAAAUAUAGCUAUGCUCUUGGCAUCACUAGUGAGUUUUUGUGUGGUCCUGUGCAUUGCAUUUAUGGGGUGCAGAAGUUUACCGCAAUGUAUGUGCUAUGACAACAUCACUGGAAUGGAAUGGCUCCACCCUGACCGUGACCAGCCUCAGACUGUAGAACUGGUGUGCACUUUCCGUGGAGGUGAUGACAGGCUUUUCAAUUCUCCCGUACAAUUCACAGAAUCUUGUCUGGAAAUGGAAGAAGACUUUUCUCGACCUCCUCCAUAUGUCAGACUUUCAUGACCUUGAAUCUCAUCUGAGGCAUUUUAGGAUGGUGACUGUUGCAUGCACCGUCCUAAAACAUAUAGACUACUUGAAUAUACAAUUUUAUGUGACUUUUUUUUAAUGUCUGUUUUGAUAUGUUUGUCCCUAUUUGCACUAAGGUUAAAUCAUGUUUGUAGUAGAAAAACGUUUGAGCUUUAUAUUCCAUGCAUCACUGAAUAUUUUAUGAUGGUGUCCCUCCUUUCAGCAUUUUUAAUGACCAUCACACAUAAGCUAUUCCUAUUAACGACUUUAAAGGGGUUGUCCUGGCGUUUAACAUUGCUCACUGGAGCAUAAAAAGCACAUAGUGUAUGUGGUGUGUACAGAAGGGACUCACAAGAUCUUUGGAGGCUGCAUUUUUAGAGAACGCGCAUUGGAAAGUGCCAUUUACUAAUAGCGUAUAACUUAUAUUACACUUA